CUUCACCUUGCGCGGUCGGAGGCAUACUGAGAGGCAUAUAUCCUAUCGAACUCAAGUCUGAUGGCGCCGAAGAUCGAAUACUACUGUCCUUGUCUCGCGGAAUCUCCGCAUCCGCCACUGCCGCACCUACCCUCGUCCUCCUACAGCUUCCAUCCUUUGCACAACCUCUUCUUUUGCGAAGAGUGCGAUGCCGUGAGGUGCAACAGAUGUGUACUGCUGGAAGUCAGUGGCUACUACUGUCCGAACUGCCUGUUCGAGGUACCGAGCGCGAGCGUGCGUGCAGAGAAGAAUAGAUGCGCAAGAAACUGCUUCAUGUGCCCUAAUUGUCGCAACACAUUGACCGUCGUGCCAUCCGACCCGCCAGACAAUGGAGACAGCAGGAUGUCACCUAUCGUCGCGACCGCGCUAGGGGAGCCCCCGUUCUUCCUGUACUGCAAUCACUGUCGCUGGGACUCCGCAGAAGUGGGAAUCACGUUUGAGAAGCCCACCGGUCUCGCAGCGCAGUUGCAGAAGUUCGAAGACUCCGCCCCCGAGUCGCUCGAGUUCGAGCGGCUGAAGGAACACUUUGAGCCCUUCCUACGUGCAUCCUCUUCCUCCGCGCUCCCGAGCGCCGCCGCCGCACACCACGUUCACACCAACCCCAUCACAGCCGCCGCGUCGUCGGCCCUCGCGCGCGACAUCCCCGGGGUCGGCAAGUACAACCCGCUCGCGCGCUCCCGUAUUGGACGCGACAAGAACGCGCACCGGCACGAGCUGCCCGACUAUAAGAGCAGAGUAGAGAUUGCGGGCGCGGCAGCGGUCAGCGGCGAAGCGGACGUUGAGUUCUUGCGGCAUCUUGAGACGAUCAGCGAGGUCGCCUCACUUGAGCAGCGCUGGACGAACAGCUGGGUGUCGUCGUUGCGCGAGAGCGACCUCAAGCCGCUCAGGAUACCACUGCAGUCGAAGAAGUCGAAACGAUGUCCGUCGUGCCGGCACAUUCUCAUCAAGCCAGAGCAGAAGGCGCAGUCUGUGCGGUUCAAGAUCAAGCUCGUCGCCGCGAACUACCUGCCCGCUAUCGCGGUCACGCUUCCGCACGCGCAGGCAGCACUCGAGAUGAUGAAGCGCUCGUCAACUCUGGGCAAAUCGACUUCGGCCGCUGCGGCCGCAGAGGAACAGCAAGCCGCGGGCUCGCUAAUCGCGGGGCACUCGUAUUCGUUUCAUCUCGCGUUCACCAAUCCGCUGUACGACCCUAUACAGAUCCGGCUGGCGAAGGCGGUGCCCCAGGGCGAGGCCACUGACGCGGAGAAGGCGCGGCGGAGCACCUUCCACAUCCAAUUGCCGAGCAGCGCGUUCCCUGUCGCUGCGUUUGCCGAGGCGUGGGAGUACGACGACGAUGAAGAGGACAUGUUUGGGCUCGACGACGAUGGGAUGGAAGUUGCCGAGAACACCAGGGGAAAGAAGUCGAAAGAUGGCAGGGGGAAGACCCGCUCGGUAGGUAUUGUCGAGCGACGGGCGAACGUCACAGUCGUCAGCGGGGAGGUUUUGAUACCCAAGGAGGCACGGGGAGAUGUCAAGUUCAACAUGUUGGUUUCUUACACUUAUCGGUCCGACGACCCAGAGCCGGGCGAGGACGCCGAAAUGGGGACGCCUUCGCGGUCUCAUACCACGACCAAGGGUCCGGAGAUGAAGAACUUUUCGUUCUACACCGUCGUCGACUUGGGGUCGAUUAUGUUCCGGGAAGAGCCUAGAUUGAGUGUAGAUUUGUAGGCUGGUUUCCUUCGCGCAAUAGGAAGCCAGUGGGGUGAUCUUGACCUCUUCAGUAUGUUGUUGUACAUGUAGGUGUCCACGAGCGCGUUCGUU